GGGUUCAGUCAGGAAAAUGUGCCCCCCCCCUUAUAUAAUGAUAAAGAGGAACUCUUUCAGAAUGUACUGACGCAAGUAGCAGAGCAGUUUUCAAGGGUGUUCAAGAUCAAUGAGCUUAAGACUGAGGUUACCAACCGCCUUGCCAUGUUGGAGAAGAGAGUAGAGCUGGAGGGGAUGAAGGUGGUGGAGAUUGAGAAAUGUUGCAACGACAUUAAGAAGCUCCAUGAGGAGAUGGCAUCCAGAAACAACAGUAAUUUUGUGGAGGACAAUAAGAAGCUGACUCCUCGUAGAGAUGUGCCCUCCUACCCAAAGUACAUGCUGUCACAACAGACCAUAGACGCCCUCAAAAAACCUGCCUUCGACGUCUGGCUGUGGGAGGCCAACGAGAUGCUGAGCUGUCUUGAACAUAUGUACCAUGACCUGGGCUUGGUCAAAGGCUUCAACAUCAACCCUAUCACACUCAAGAGAUGGCUGCUUUGUAUUCAUGACAACUACAAGAAUAACCCCUUCCACAACUUUCGCCACUGUUUCUGUGUCACCCAGAUGAUGUACAGCAUGAUCUGCCUCUGCAGCCUACAGGUAAGCAGCUUCUUGGAGACCUGAAUGCUGUGAGACUUGAGGCUUGGUUUAAUAAAGAAUUGAGCUGAGACUUGAAAGCAAAGUUUCAAGUUUUGAGCAGGUAAAAUUGGAGAAUGAUAAAAACUAACAAUGGCAGGCCUUGUAUGGCCACCCACCCUGCACAUUAUUUUUUUUAAAGUCCUACAUGUUGGUCCCAGCUACAUAAAAAAACCUCUAACACAGCACUGAAAAGCUGAGAUCUUAACAUGCUGAAAUGUCAAGACAUCAAAUAGUCAGCAUCUUAGCUUGUACACUGCUCUGAGACAGACACUUAGAUUAAAGGGGGCAUUCACCACCAAGUUUUCAUGGCAAAGUCAAUGUACUCAUCAUAAGGAGUCCCUCUCAGCCUGUGGAAACAGUUUGCAGAGUGUAUUUAGUCCCCUAACUUCAUGAAAAUAUAGGCUUAUACUAAACCACUGGAGUAGCCCUAGAUAUGAAAAGUUAGACAUUUUUGAAAAUAUGCUUAUUUACUACUUGCCAAAAGUUAGAUAAUAAGAUUCAGCAAUAACUAGUUAGCUUAGAACAGGGGUGGCCCACCAGUCAGAGACCAAGAGCCACAAAAAUUACUGUGGUACUACAAAGAGCCACAUCAUACACAUGUGUGGUUACAAACGCACUCCCUCUAUCACACAAACACGAAAUGACAUAAAAUCAAAAUCCAUACAUUUCCAAUUUUCAAAGCCAGAUUUAUUUAUCUCACACACAAAUGAAUAACCAUGAAUAGAGAUACACACAGUCUCUCCCUCUCAUACUGUCUUUCUCCACCCCCCUCCACAUCCAC